AUGGCCGGAUGCUUGUCCUAUAAGCUUAUUGCUGCCGUCUCCAUCUCCAACAAGAUACUCUACCCACCACAUCUCCUAUCCUACUAAAGAAUCUCUGAAGCUUAAUAUUUCGGAUCUGCCUUCAGUUUCUGAGGUUCCAGGACUACUAUAAAGGAACUGAGGAACAAGGGAGAGAGACAUUCCCAUCCGCAUUCCUCAGAGCCUUCCUGUCCGUUACCUAAAAGACACGGCUCGCCAAUGUUGCACCAUCGUCUUCCCUGCCGUCCUCGUCCUCCUCCUCCUCCUGGGCUCCGCCGAUGCCCAGUUGGAGGUAGGUUCUACAGGAAAAGUUGUCCGAACGCUGAGGCGAUUGUCCGGGCAGAGAUCAACCGGGUGAUGAGGGUGUCUCCAACUCUCGGCGGUUCCCUCCUGAGGUUCUUCUUCCAUGAUUGUUUUGUCCGGGUAUGUUACUUGCUACAACGCUCACCUCAGAGAGAUAAUAAACCUCCGUAGUUCAUUAAAUCCAACCAAUGUGGGACUAUUUCGAUGACCCUUCUACAUGCAGGGGUGUGAUGCAUCGAUCCUGCUGAAUGCCACCGACAGCAGCAACCCGGCGGAGAAAGACGCAAUCCCAAACUCCUUCCUUCGAGGUUACAAGGUCAUCGACACGAUCAAGGCCAACCUCGAGAAGGCCUGCCCCUCGACCGUCUCCUGCGCUGAUGUCCUGGCUCUUGUCGUUAGGGAUGUCGUCUCUUUGGUUGGGCUGCUGAUACUAGUCCCACGUAGAGUAUCAUGCGUAAAUCAUUCUCCCGUCGCUUGCUGAUUCUGACCGUCUGCAGGCCAAGGGACCCUACUGAGAAGUGCCCACCGGUCGCCGCGAUGGGCGGGUCUCCAUCAUGAGCGAAGCCCUGAACAUGCUCCCGGGCUUCACGGCGAACAUCUCCAGCCUCAAGUCCCAGUUCGCCGCCCAGGGCCUCAGCGUCAAGGACCUCGUCGUUCUCUCAGGUCUGAUAUAUAUAUAUAUAUAUAUAUAUAUGAAAAAAAUUACAGAGAAAGAGCUGGUGAAUGGGCGAGAGAGAGGUAGAGAAAGAGAGGGAUCUAACCGGAGGUGAACCUUCUGCAUCAGGAGCUCACACUCUCGGGAACGCCCACUGCUUCACAGUCACCAACCGGAUCUACAACUUCUCAGGCAGGGGGGACAAUACCGAUACCGACCCGGCCCUUGACAAAACGUACGUGCCGAAGCUGAGGGGCAAGUGCUCCCCGCUCCCGGCAGAUGCCAUUAAGCCGAUAGAAAUGGACCCCGGCAGCUUUCUCUCCUUCGACAACAGUUACUUUACCCUGGUCUCAAAGAGACGGGGGCUCUUCGAGUCCGAUGCCGCCCUCCUUGACGAUCCAGAGACCAGGGCCUACGUGCUCCGCCAGGCCAAUGCACCACCGACUGAGUUCUUCGAAGACUUCGGCGUGUCGAUGGUAAAUAUGGGCAAUAUUGGCGUCCUCACUGGGAGCCAGGGGAAAUCCGGAAGCAGUGUGCCCUCAGGAACUAGGGUUUUCACAAGUUUACCAAAUGGAAAGAAAUAA